UCCAAAACGCUGGCGUUUCUCUCACCAAAUGGUUUACCUUUUAAGCAAUGCAAACAAAUUACAGGCAAACACGUAACCAGUGGCUGUCAAUCGAAGCGAGAACCGGCAGCUAGGCAAACAAACUCGUCAAUCCAACCGGCGAACAAAUCGAUCGGACUUCCUGCGGAUCAGUUGAGCGUGUGACACAUCCGCGAUUCGAUUUACCACCAGAUUCACUUCGAUUCGAUUCGUUUCGAUUCGAUUUGAUCAAGAAUCCAGAAUCCCAGAAUCCAUAAAUUACGAAUCAGAGAAAUCUGCCUGGUUGGCGGUCGCUGGACUGUGACGUGCGACGUGCGACCCGCAACUAUAUUAACAUAUGCAGAUAUAGUCGAUGACAACGAUUCCAGCUGGGCCCGUGGCCGAGCCCGAUGCUGGACACGCUUGUUGGACACGGCAUCGACAUCGACAUCGACAUUAACAUCAACAUCAACAUCACAUCGACACGGAUGCUCUUCUGUAGAAGGGCCAGCCGAGGGCUUCCAAUCCCACCGAAUCCGAUCAGCCAGCUUCACGCCAAUGCCAAUGCCGCUGCAGCUGCACCGAUAGAGACGCACUGCAGCAGACGCCCACCUAAGCCAACGCCAACGCCAACACCACCCACCAAAACCCUCACCCCAAGAAGAUGCGAUCGCGCAAGGUGCUGCUGGUAAUUGGCUUUCUGGUUACGUGGACCUAUGCCACCUACUAUCUGCUGUUGCGCCAAGCGGGCGUCCAGACGAGCCGGGAUCAGGCGCACCAGGCCUUCCGGGUCAACUCGCAGGCACGCGAGGCCAACCAGCAGAGCCAUCAUCUGGCCAAGAACGUCUUCGAGUUCGUGAAAAUCAAGUACUUGGAGAACCAGCCACCGGCAGCAAUGCCACCGUCCGCGUCGGCAGGAUCCACGCCCCAGAUCAGCAUCGUUGCCGCUGAAAUAUCCGCAGAGCUGCCCGAGCAGCGUGUGGCCAAGGCGGCCACGGCGCGGAUACCAACGAAAACGUAUCUGGCCAACGGUGAGCCCGUCUUCCCAGUCCUGGUCUUCGCCUGCAAUCGGGUGUCGGUGAAGAAGUGCAUCGACAACCUGGUGCAGUACAGGCCCAGCCUUGACCAGUUCCCCAUUAUAGUGUCGCAGGAUUGCGGCGAUGAGCCCACCAAGGAGAUAAUCCAGUCGUACGGCAACCAGGUCACCCUCAUCGAACAGCCCGAUCUGAGUGACAUCACGGUGCUGCCGAAGGAGAAGAAGUUCAAGGGCUACUACAAGAUAGCCAGGCAUUACGGCUGGGCCCUGAACACCACCUUCGGCGUGGGCUUCGAGUUUGUGAUCAUCGUCGAGGACGAUCUCAAUGUGGCGCCCGACUUCUUUGAGUACUUCCUGGGCACGCACAAGCUGCUCAAGCAGGAUCCCAGCCUGUGGUGCGUGUCCGCGUGGAAUGACAAUGGCAAGGCUGCCGUGGUGGAUGCGUCACAGCCGGAGCUGCUCUACCGCACCGACUUCUUCCCCGGUCUCGGCUGGAUGCUCACCAAAGACCUGUGGGCCGAGCUCUCCGUCAAAUGGCCCAAAUCCUUCUGGGAUGAUUGGAUACGUCAUCCAGCGCAGCGCAAAGAUCGCGUGUGCAUUAGACCCGAAAUAUCGCGGACUCGCACGUUUGGAAAAAUAGGCGUAUCCAACGGCUUGUUUUUCGAUAAGUAUCUGAAGCACAUAAAACUCAGCGAGGACUUUGUAAAGUUUACUAAAAUCAAUAUGAGCUACUUGCUGAAGGACAAUUACGAUAAUACGUUUUUGCGGCGCGUUUAUACGUAUCCAAUUGUUACGUACGAUGAACUGCGUCGGAAUUUGAUAAGAAUCGAAGGGCCUGUUCGCAUUCAAUACACUACACGAGAACAAUACAAGCGGACAACCAAGAUGCUGGGGCUUAUGGAUGAUUUCAAGAGCGGUGUUCCUCGGACGGCCUACCAUGGCAUCGUCUCGUUCUACUACAACAAACGGCGGGUGCACUUGGCACCCAAUGCCAACUGGAAGGGCUAUGAGCUUUCGUGGAGCUAACGACGCUAAGUUAAAAACACCGUCACAUCCAAAUCCACCUCCACUACCACACAGAUAGCCCCGUGUGCUUGUAAUACCAAAAAAUAGCCCUAUGAAUUUUUUAAUUAUUGUUUGACCAAUUAGCUAAGUUGUAACUAUGGAAUCUCCUCAAACGGGCAGCACUGCCCCGUUUUUUUUUUGCCAUCGCGUGGCCAGGGCUUAGCGAGAUAGCCAUGUAUAAAUGAUGGACUCUCGUGUGCCCUGAGCCACAGAACUGCUGUUGGCGUAACAAAAUCAAAUCAAAAGAGUCUCCAAUAUGUAUAGUAGUUAACAGAACCGAACUGUUUGGCAAGCAACGCAAUGAAUUGUAAAUAAGUCAGUGUCGUUCGCUUUUGUUACAGCUCUCUAACGCUCUCAACCUAUCAUGUUAAAUUGCAAAUAGUUAUAGCAACGAUUUAGUUAUAGUAUUCAGCGUGUAACAUUUAGCAUUUAAGUUGAUCCAACUCGAGUUCUAACGGCAACGGACGUGUAAUAUUUGUGAUUUGUGAUUUUUGAUUUAAUUAAUUAACAUUUAUUAAUUGUUGAGAGCCAGUCAGUAAACAACACCCGACCCACAAUGUAACAUAGAAUAGCAAUAACUAGCGCUAGUACUAGAACUAGAACUAGAACUAGAACCAGAUCUAGACCUAGACCCAGAUGGGGUGAGCCAAUCAACGAUGUCGGGCAGGUCUGAAAGUGUGCCACUCUCAGCUAGUUGUAAUGGAAUCUACGCAGACAGGACACUUACUCUACCCCCUAUGACUACCCUUUGUAUGAGCAUAUUUUUGUGUGUGAGAG